CCCCCUCCCCCCGGGGCUCCCCCGCCACGUGACCGAGGACGUGGCUGCCGUGUCAGGGGGCGAUGCCCAGUAGGAAGCGGAAGCGAUUUUGGAAUGCAGAAUGCACACCCUUCCCAGAUGAGACACCCCUGCAGCUGAAAAAAUCAAAUGUGAGGACAUCAGUGUCUGCUACUUCGAUUUCCAAUGCGUGGCUUAGGUGUGGGGAUGGUUUCCAGAGCACUUCAAGGCUGGAGUCCCUGAGACCUACAGAUAAGAAAUCCAGGAUUAAGAAGCAUCUUGGACCACUGUUAAGAUCUGCUGAAAGUGCAGCAGAAUCUGCUGCUGCUGCAGGCUCUGAGGAGGCUGAGGACAUAAUAUGGACCUCUAGUGGCAGCGAUUUUUCAGAUGAUGAAAAUAAAACAUUGUUUCCGAGGCCACACAGCAAAAACCAUCAGACUUCCAAAACAGAGAGGUCACCUAGCAGACAUGAUUUAUUGUUCGAGGACAGUAGUAGUGAAGGUGAAUCAGAGUUCAUUGACUGGGAGAAGGAUAGUGAUUCUACUGAUAGAUGUGAUGGGUCAGAAAAAGAUGAUGGUUCACUGGAGAUAUCAGACUCAGACUCCUGCACAAAUCUUAAUUCCCAGCCUGUCAAAGAGGAGAAUGAUGAACUUUGUAAGACAACUUCAACAGAAAUUUCUGAGUAUUCAUCCGAUAACGACAGCGUGGGAGAAGGAGAGACGAGCCUGAGGACCACUACUCCAGAAUCCAACAAGAGAUUCCAGCUGAGGUCAGGGGUGGGCAGGGAGGAUGUCACAGCACGACCAGCCAGCGAGUGGCUGAGGUCUGCCCAAGCCCUUCUCCGCACCCCUAGGAAGCAAAUGGGCAAGACCCCCCGGCCGUCCCCCGACUCUGCUAAGAAGAGGAAGCUACUGAGGGGUGGGCUGGCUGAGAGAUUAUGUCGACUGCAGAACAGAGAAAGAUCUGCCAUUAGCUUUUGGAGACAUCAGUGUAUAUCAGAUGCAAACCCCCCCUCUGAUAAAUCGGGUGUCUUAAUUGUGAAGAUCUUAGAAAUGUUUGAGGAAUGUACAAUACAAGUUGCCAUCUGCCAGCAGCUGGAACAGUCUCCUGCUACACUUUCAUCUGAGGAUGCUGUCAUCAGGGAAAAGGAACCAAUACUCAAAGUCCUUUUUGCAAGAGAGACAGCAGCUCACCUGAAGAGCAGGCCACAGGAUGUCAUCCAUAUCUAUCCUCCAUGGCAAAAAUUGCUUCUCAAGAAUGAAGAUGUUCCUGUUAUCAUGAAUACAUACUUUAGUCAGAAGGUGCUAAUCCGUGAACAUUCAGAAACAAGAGAGAAGACAUGUGGUCUUACAAAGAUGCUCAUUAGGAAGAACAUUGUAUCUUUGGCACAAACCUUCAGACUAGAUGACCCUGAUGAUGACUUAUGCCAGAAAUCUUUAGAUAAUCAGGUUGCUUCUGCUCCACAAAUCCGUAACAACGGUGACUGGAAAGAGUGUAGCUUGGCACAGAGUGCUGUCAAUGAUUCUCUGCUUGAAAUGGUGGAAAACCAGGGAGCAAUGGGAUGGAGAGAGGUGCAGGUACAAGUCGUUAUCCAAAGGGUGUACUGUUUGCCUGCAAAAGAAGGUUGCAGGACCCACGUUCAAGGAAACAAGGCUCUUUGUGAAGCACCCAUCAAAAGUUUGGAUCCACCGAAUGUUAGGUUGUGCUUCCUUGUCCAGGAUGCCUACGGUAUGUUCAGUGAAGUGCAGCUGCAGUCCCCAAGUUCUGCAGAUGAUGUUGAGCAGUAUUGCAGGAGAUGGGAAGGAAAAUUCUGCUGCCUGUCUGGAAUGAAAAUUUUGCAAAGAACCACAAGAGGAAGGGCAUUAGGACUUUUUAGUCUGAUAGACAGCCUGUGGCCUCCAGUGGUGCCUGUAAAAGUUCCUGGACAAAGUCAGCAUUCUGAAAUGAUGACAACAAAUCUCUCUCCUCCCAGCUUCUGUUAUAUUCUUACUGUUCCGUCUGGUGAAAUACAUGUGGAAGUGGAUGAGGAAGAACAGAUUUCUAAUUUGUACCAGCCACCAGCUGUUCAUGGUCUAAAGGAAAUUCUUCAGAUCGAUGGUUGUAACGAGCGGUGUAGCUUUUGGGCACAAGUGCUGUAUCUAAGGCUGCAGACAAAACAGAGUGUUCCUGUAAAUCAGAGAGAGAUUUGGUUGUUUGUGACUGACUCCACGUUACAAAAUACAGCUCACAGCACUCCAAAAGUUGUUGCUGUGUCAGUUGCUGCAUCCUGUGUUCUCAGCACAGAAAUCAGAGAAGCCCUCAGUGCUGCCUCACCACUUGUCUUCUUCAGGGAUGCUCUGUGGGGAAAGGGUAGGAUUAUUUGUGUUGAACGUACUGUUCUCUUAUUACAAAAGCCUCUUUUGUGCUCGGCUGCCGGUGCUGACCUCAGUGAGCUGACUGGCCCUGUCAGACUCGAUGAGCUGGAUUCUACAACACAGGCCAACUCCAUUUGUGCUGUAAGAGGUACUAUUGUUGGAGUUAACGAGAGCACUGCUUUCUCCUGGCCUACAUGCAACAGAUGUGGCAAUGGAAAGUUGGAACUGUGUCCCCAGGACAGAAGAUUGUUGUAUUGCAACGAGUGCUCUGAAGUUGUCAUUUCACCAGUUUUGAAAAUGCAACUGGAAGUCUUCUUGAGUUGUCCAUCCCGAGCUCAAAGUAGAGUAAAAGUAAAGCUGUUACAAGGGACAAUCUCUUCUCUCCUGAUGUCCUCUCCCAGUGAGGAUGGGAGUUAUGAGGUGCAGAGCGUGCUGGGAAAGGAGGUGGAGUUAUUGAGCUGCUACGUCCACUUCAUAACCAGCCACCCCGACUGUGUCGGACUGGAGGAAAUUGUUCUUCUGGAAGCAGCAGCAAGACACUGAGCUGAACUCUGGUCACCUUCUGUAGUAUCUGUGGACUUUGUAAUCUGGUUAUCUGCUAACUUGUGCUACAGAUAAUGUGUAAUGCAAGUGUGAUAAGUACCAAGAUAGUUUAUUAAAACUGUGAUUUAGAAAGCACACUGUGCUGAAAAAAAUCUAUUGAAAAAAAAAAAACAACAAACUGUUUAACUUUCUGAACUCUUUACUUGUUGGAUCAGUUCAGAAUUUAAGAAUGCAGUUCUUUGGCAUGUUUGCCACUUAUGUAUAUAAAUGUCUUUUUACUGGAGAUUUUGAAUGGUUGUAAAUUUUUUUUCAAUAUUGUAUAUAUUGUGUGUUGAUGGGUUAUUAUUUUACUGAUAUUUUUGAAAUAAAUACCUUGCAAACAUCUGUCUAAGCUGAGUUGUAUCAGCAGAUUUCAGACAUACCACCGACUGCAAAACACUGCGUUGUGCACAAAUUCUGAGUUGUAAUGUUUGUUAUCACCUUGCAAUAAAUGUUAUAAA